AUGGCCGACCAGGCUCCGAUUCUGGAGAAGCUAGAUGCAGCAGUGUCGGAAGUUCUAGCAGACUGGAACAUCUAUACCACACUUUUUGCUGGAAUUCUUGCUGCAUUUGCCAUUUACUCGGUUGUUUCGAACAAGGACCCUGAUGUCCAUCCGUUCCUUCUUGCUCGUCAAUCUACAGCAUCUCCCAUCCGACAAGCGGGCGAGUCGGCAACCUACCGCAGCCUUGAGACACCAUAUGGGUUCCCUCUGCGGUCAGGGUUGAAUGUGAAAGAUCCAGGAGCUCCCAAGUGGACUGCCGGUCGACGGGGUGAUCUACGUGAUAUUUGGAAGACUGCUGUCCGUGGAGCUCUGAACGAGGAUGGUACCACCUCUGGGAAGCAGGGCAAAAUCUACACUGUCCUCGGCAAGAAUGCCAUUGAACACUCUCUGUCUCAGGUCACGCAGGAGAUCAAUGUGAUUGGCCGUCAUCUCCAAAAAGCCGAGGUGAAGACCGUUGCCGUUUGCCUGACGGACUCUAUCGAAUUGCUGGCAUCUAUUUUCGCUGGAUCCUUCUACGGAUUCAAAAUUGUCCUGAUCCCCCACAACCUUCCCGCCGCGAGCCUGUCAAGCCAUCUGCAAAACGCCAAAGCCGAUGCUCUAAUUGCCGAAGUUGGCUCGGUUGAUUUGUCUCUUGUCACAAAGGCCAACAAGCAAAUUUCCAAUGUGAUCUGGGUCGCCAAGUAUGGCAACCGUCACAUGGAUUGGCAUGAGGUACCCAAGGAUGCCAAGGAGACUCUCGAUGUCACUGUCUGGCAUGAAUUGGCAGAGGAAGGCAAAGACCUUGCUGGCUUCGACGUUCCCGAAUAUGACCCUACGACCCCUGCCCCUGCUGUCAAUACCGUUUGGCCUUCUGAGUCUCAGUAUGGCGAGUUUAUUGAUUUCAAGCAAGAGAACCUCGUGGCCGCCAUCAGCGCUCUCGGCUCAGCGCUCCCUCGCACUCAGCGUUUCAACUCUUCUGAUCUCGUCCUCUCAAUUGAUUCGCUGUCCCGAUCAUACCCUCUCUGCCAAAUCUUCAAUGCCCUGUUCUCGAACGCCUCGAUUGCCUUGAACUCGGUUGCUGGUGAGAAUGUCGACUUCGCCCUCGCCACCAAAGGCAUUUCCCCGACAGUCAUCAUUGCGUCUUCACGUACCAUGUCUGAAUACCAUGACCGUGUCAUGAAACCCCACACCGGCUUGAUCUCUUCUUUGGGCCGGUGGGUGCAGGCCCGGACUCUGGAUGCAGGCAACAUGCCAUCCAAAAACUUCUUCAGCCAGCUUGCACAGGUCGGACCGACUGCAGAGCUUUCGCUGGAAAAACUGCGUCUCCUUUGUAUCUCUCAUCGUGUUGAUGCCGAUGCCUCAGUCCGUAUGACCUCGGAGCAGCUGACGGACCUCCGAGUUUACAUGGGUACUCGCAUCGUUUCUGCUUUGACUGGGCCUGGCAUUGCCGGCGCUAUCAGCCAGACCAAUGUGUUUGAUUACCGUGAUGCCAGUGGCCCAAGCCACUUUGGUGCUCCUCUUAGCAGCACUGAGGUCACCCUGACUGGCGUCCCCGAGAGCCAAUCUGAUGAUUACCCCGAAGGACAGAUUUUGGUGGCUGGUCCCGCGGUUGUGGGCGGCAAAACUACUCUAUCUGCACGAGGACGCAUCGGCACGGACAACACCCUUGAAUUGAGUGCCUAG